GCUCUGCUCGGGGUUGAUCAGUCAGUCAGUCAGUCUGUGAGCUUGGGAUGGGGGGAGGAGGAGAGAGAAGGAGCGCCCGCCAAGUUUGCCUUCUGCUGCUGUCCCUGCUGGUAGCCGGGUCGGGGGGCUCCCCCGACCUCCCCGGGGCUGGGAAGGAUGGACCUCCGGCAGACCGGGCCGGUUCCCCGGCUCUGCCAGCCCCCAGGGGAGGAGGGGGACGCAGCCAGAAGCCGCCCCUGGCCGCCCCCAAAGCGGAGCUGGGUCCGCUGGCCAGUUCCUUUGGCAAGUUUCGGCUGCUGGUUCUCGCUGCUCCGGACCCCUCGGACAACUCCUACCGGCUGAUGGAGCGGCAGCUGGACGUGAAGAGCCGGGAGUUGAGGUGCCAGCUGGCGCUCAGGGACCUCCUGCUCCUGGUCUUGUUCCAAGGGGCCGGGGGCAAGCUGGUCACCAUCUCCCAGGAAGGCAAGGUGACCGAGCAGAAGCUGGAAGCCGAGGCGGUGGCUCCCAUCAUGCGGCACCUGUCCCUCAAGGAGGGCCGGUUCAACAUGGUGCUGCUCAGGAAGUCCAUGCAGCUGUACGAGCGCUUCCCCUACGCGGUGCGAAUGGAGGCUGUCCUGGAGACCGUGGACCAAAUGCCCCUCAGGAAGAUAGAGAGCGUGACCAGGAGAGGGCAGCAGCUCAGGUGCAAAGGUUCUGGGGCCAGGAGAUGGGGCCCAGGGCAGCUCCACACCAACAACAGAGGAAUGGUCAACAGGGGAAUGGUCAACAGGGGAAUGGCCAACAGGACACUGGUCAACAGGGUAAUGGCCAACAGGACACUGGUCAACAGGGGAAUGGCCAACAGGGGAAUGGUCAACAGGGGAAUGGCCAACAGGACACUGGUCAACAGGGUAAUGGCCAACAGGACACUGGUCAACAGGGGAAUGGCCAACAGGGGAAUGGUCAACAGGACACUGGUCAACAGGGGAAUGGUCAACAGGGGAAUGGUCAACAGGGGAAUGGUCAACAGGACACUGGCUAACAGGGUUAUGGUCAACAGGGCAAUGGUCAACAGCAGGCUGAGAUCAGCCUCCCCCAAUUCUCAGAAGCCAAUCAGUCCUCAGAGUGUUGGGUCCCUGAAAAGAACAGCAUCAUUGCAUCCAGGCAGCAGUCGGCGGACAUUGGGCAAACAGAAAGGUUCAGCCUUAACCCCAAACUCAGUUGGCAAGAGAACAGCUGAGAGCCUUAGGAGUGCGGCUAAACCCAGGGAGUCCCCCACGAUCCCAGUGCGAUCAGGGCAGGGGUCGGUGGAGACCCUGAUGUUUCAGAUCAAAGAGAAAGUGCAGCAGAUGUUAAUGGCCAAACACAGGAACCCUGUCCAGCCCAGGCCAGCUCUCAUCACCCAGAGUGGGAACCAAGUGUCUCGGACAGGACCUCAUACCUACCACGUACCCCAGGUCCAAUCUAAGGACUCAGCCUCAGCAACCUCAACCAUGGCUCCACUUAACCAGCCCACUGCUGGAACUGACCAAGAUUUCCAACUGACCAAGACUACUGUCCUGAAAUGGGACCAGCCCCAAUUCUCUACAGACCAAAAGCUGGACGAGGGGAACCCUGAGAGACCAGGAAUCUUUGAAUCUAAUCCAAACACAGCCCAAUCCCAGGACAGAUUUCCUUUUUUCCAAACUCUGGAGAACUUCUCCACUGCUCCCACAGUGUUAGCACAUCAGAAUGCCGAGUCAGGACAUUGGGUCUAUGGGUCACCCAACACACAAGCCACUUUUCCUGGGCUCUCAAACCCCUCUGGCCGGAUGUCUCAAGUCACACACCCACACAAGGACCCUCUCAUCAAGAUCACCCUACCCAAAUCCCCCAGGGCCCCUGUCACUGCGCAACCCACUGAAAUCUGGACUCGUGACAAGGUAGGGGGAGCAGUAACCCGGGCUGGGACUAACCUAUCUCCAGAAACAGAGCAAAGAGCAGGGGGUACGACGCAGGACAGUCCAACAUCUGUUCGACCCAGGGGGAGGAAAGCAGAGAGCAGGCAUGGAGGGAACUCGGACAAAUCAGUCAGGAACAAAGGCCGGAAAAACAGGAGAAACCGGAAGAACAAGAAAAAUGGCUCCAGAAACUCGAAGCAGAUCGAUAACCAGGAGCUGAUGGGGUUUUUAAAUCAUUUUCGGAACAAGCGGAGAUUACUGCUGCUCACUGCGCCCAGCAAAGACAGCAAGCUUUACAUACACCAGAGGGACGAGUACCUGGAGCAUGUGUGCCAAUUAGCUGUCAGGAGAAUCAGCAUGAUUGCUAUCCUGGGCUCGCAGUCUAACAGUACUCUGACGGUGGAACAUUAUCAGAAUGAAGAUGAAGUAGCACUCGAAAAUCCAGUGCUCAAUUCUGUCAGUGUUGAUCUGAUUGUACAGCUACGGAGAGACUUUGGGAUGACGUUUGAUGAAUUCUUUAUGGUUCUGGUUGAUUAUGAUAUGAAAGUUAAGCAAUAUUUUGAUGUCCCUAUCCCUGUUAAGGUUCUGGUGGAUUAUAUGGACACACUUCCCUCUAGGAGGCUAGAGGUACAGGAAGAAAAGGAAAAUGGUGUCACCUGUUUCAAACGCAGACAGUUCGACAUCAACAAAUUUCUUUCCAGGUUAAUGUGGAAACGAAGAUUGUUGAUAAUUUCAUCUCCUUCUGAAGAAGAAUGGGUGUUUCAACAGCAGCUCACAUCAUUACAUGGCCAGGCCUGCAAUCUGGGAAUUCGCCAUUUUACACUGCUGAAGUUGAUAGGUUCAGGGGAAGACACUUCAGGAUCUCUGGAAUUGUUUCCAUUAAAUGGGAGGUCCGAGGUAGAGAAUGAGGAGCUUUCCUCAAUGGCAGUGAGAGGCCUUCGCGAACACUUCCAGAUCAGCGAUGAGCACUUUAUGAUGCUGCUAAUCGGUAAGGACGGCACCAUCAAGUCCUGGUACCUGUCUCCCAUGUGGUCGCUGGCGACCAUUUAUGAACUGGUCGACUCCAUGCAGCUCAGGCAGGAGGAGAUGAAGCUUCAAAAGACACUGGGAAUCUACUGUCACGACGAUGCACCUUCCCCUCAUUAUCGUGGAUAUCCUGAGCAUGCAUAGCAGCACAACAGUGGGAAAUAAUUCUUACAUGAGACUUUGAUUGCAUUUUCAAAGCACCAGUGUUAUGAACUUUAUGUAAUUAGUUAUAUAGUCAAUUUAUAUCAGCAAACAUGCAAUGGACAGUUUACAAUCAAUGUUAUUACUGCACUUGUUAGGAUGGUAGUGUCUGUGCUGUGGUAACCAAUACAGUGUCUCCCCUAAUGA